CGUGAGAGGAAAAGGAGAUGUCAGCAAGUGAACGCGCAAAAGAAGAUAUAUUUCCAUGAAACGAAGAGUAAAAAUAAGUUGACUUAAACCCACCGUCACUGAUUUAACCCGCCGGUUUGUUGUCCUAACCAGAAUAAAACCAAACCGAGAACUUUUGUUCGGGAACGCAUCCGACUGGGCGCCCCGCCGCGUGUCCGCGAGUCUGUUUUUAAAACAAGGAAGAGACGCGCGUGCACGCUACCGCUGUCACAUCAGAGUGGGACGGAGCGGAGCUGCGUUGUCACAAGACCACUGGAGUCACGAUCAGCCUAACUAGCCCUAACUAUCCCUAACCAUGUACCGGUACCUCGGCGAGCGGCUCUCCCGCGGGGCCUGCGCCCUGGCGGCGGGCGGCGGCGGCUCGGCGCUGCCGGCUUCCUCCUCUCUGCUGCGGGUCCGCCGCUACAGCCAGGCCGUGGACGACAACCCCGACGACCCCAACUUUUUCCGCAUGGUGGAGGGCUUCUUCGACCGCGGCGCGGCUAUCGUGGAGGACCAGCUGGUGGAGGAUCUCCGGAACCGGGAGACCCCCGAGCAGAAGAGGCACCGUGUGCGGGGGAUCCUCCGGAUCAUCAAGCCCUGUAACCACGUCCUGAGCGUCUGCUUCCCCAUCAAGAGAGACAACGGCGAGUGGGAGGUGGUGGAGGGCUACCGGGCUCAGCACAGCCAGCACCGGACUCCCUGCAAAGGAGGUAUUCGUUACAGUAUGGAUGUUUCUGUGGAUGAGGUGAAGGCUCUGGCCUCUCUGAUGACCUACAAAUGUGCCGUCGUUGACGUACCGUUUGGUGGAGCCAAAGCUGGCGUGAAGAUCAACCCCAAGAAUUAUUCAGACAACGAGCUGGAGAAGAUCACCAGGAGGUUCACAGUGGAGCUGGCCAAGAAGGGAUUCAUCGGGCCCGGCAUCGACGUCCCGGCACCGGACAUGAGCACCGGGGAGCGGGAGAUGUCCUGGAUCGCAGACACCUACGCCACCACCAUGGGCUACAACGACAUCAACGCCCACGCCUGUGUGACGGGGAAGCCCAUCAGCCAGGGUGGGAUCCACGGCCGCAUCUCGGCCACGGGCCGCGGUGUCUUCCACGGCAUCGAGAACUUCAUCAACGAGACGGCCUACAUGAGCCAGCUGGGCCUGGCCCCCGGGUUCCAGGACAAGACCUUCGUCAUCCAGGGCUUCGGUAAUGUGGGCCUUCACUCCAUGCGCUAUCUGCACCGUUUCGGGGCCAAGUGUGUGGGCAUCGGGGAGAUGGACGGAAGCAUCUGGAACCCCAACGGCAUCGACCCCAAGGAGCUGGAGGACUACAAACUGGCCAACGGCACGGUGGUAGGCUUCCCUAACUCCACCCCCUACGAGGGCAGCAUCCUGGAGGCGGACUGCGACAUCCUGAUCCCCGCUGCCAGCGAGAAGCAGCUCACCCAGAGGAACGCCCACAAGAUCAAAGCCAAGAUCAUAGCAGAGGGGGCCAACGGUCCAACGACUCCAGCAGCUGACAAGAUCUUCCUGGAGAGAAACAUCAUGGUCAUCCCUGACAUGUACCUGAAUGCAGGAGGAGUCACGGUGUCGUACUUCGAGUGGCUGAAGAACCUGAACCACGUCAGCUACGGUCGCCUCACCUUCAAAUACGAGACGGACUCCAACUACCACCUCCUCAUGUCGGUCCAGGAGAGUCUUGAGAGGAAGUUUGGGAAACACGGCGGAGCGAUCCCAGUGGUGCCCACCGCAGAGUUCCAGAACCGCAUCUCGGGAGCGUCUGAGAAGGACAUCGUCCAUUCAGGACUCGCCUACACCAUGGAGCGGUCCGCCAGGCAAAUCAUGCGUACGGCUAACCGCUAUGACCUGGGUCUGGACCUCCGGACGGCGGCGUACGUCAACGCCAUCGAGAAGGUCUUCAAGGUCUACAACGAGGCCGGGCUCACCUUCACAUAGACCUGUCUCCCUGCAGCCCGUCUCUCUUUCCCUCCCCCCCUCCUCCUCAUUGUACUCCUCGCUGAGGCCACCGCCCACACGUUUACAGCCACACCCCCUUGCUGCCCUGCCCCGCCCCCUUGCUGCAUCACUAACCCCGCCCUGUAUCCCUGACCACGCCCCCUCCCUGCAGCACUAGCCCCGCCCUGUAUCACUCACCCCGGUUGAACAUCAGUGGGUUCUCAAGGAGGUUCUUCGGGAGAACGUAGAUUUAGGUUUUCAGAGCUACGUACCAAAGACUCAGUGGAAUCAAAGCUUUAUCUGAACACUUUAUGAAGGCUGCGGCCUGUUACUAUGGAGAUCUGUUACCAAGAACCAUGGUUACUGUGGUGCUAGUACUAUGGACGCUGUAGUACUAUGGUUACUGUAGUACUAUGGUUGCGGUUAUUUUAGGAGCUAAACUUUACUUUUUACUUGCUGCACAAUCGGACUUUCGCUAGUGCCUUGCUCAAUGGCGGUUUGUACGCCGAGCAGAAUCCCUUAUGUGGCCUUGCCAGAUAGAUGGAGAACCCUGGUAAUGUAGGGUGUAACCCUUUACACCACCCAGAUCAAGAUAGUCUGUAGCUUUAAGAGAACGUGUCACCAACAAGCAGCCAAUGGGAUGAGAGGGUUUUCUAGGCACAUUUUGCUCUCCGCUCAAAGAUCUGUCUCAGCUGAGAUGUGAUUGGUUCGUCUGCUUCUGGGGGCGGUGCUUAAAACGGGGAAUAAACUGAUCAACAAAUGUAUUUCUUUUGCCUUAAAAUGCUCUGGGAUUUUGUGUAACGUUUGUACGUCUUUCUGUUAAGAAUAAAACCAUCUGAAGAGAGA